AUGUACAUAAAACUCUCUCCAUAUCAAUCGCAAUCACCGAACUCGAACCUGUUUCUUCCACCAAUGCCAACUCCACCGUGGCAACCAAGAGAGGUUAUUGAUCACGUGUCACCACUCAACGAACUUGAGUCCUUAGUUUCUGCUGCGAGUACAACCAAUAUCCCUCCUGAAUCAACACCAAAUGAUAAAUUACAGCAAAUAUUUAACCAAAUUCUAACUCAAAUGCCACCUUUGGAAAUGAUUUCGCCGAUGUCCUUUUCACAAGUUCCACUUCACCUGGCCUCUGAACAAAACCAGUUAAAUGAGCAUGAGUCACCUCUCGAUCUCUCUACAGUCUCUUUUCGCACCAGUGACCAUCAUUCACCAAAUCAAUUACAAACACUUAGUCCCCAGACAGGCAGUGCAACUAGCGCGAUCGAGGCAAGAUCCGAUAACUUCUGUAGACGUAAUAGAACGAGCAUCAGUUCAACUCAGGCCCGAUUCAUGCAAUGGUUUUUUCAGCACCACAAGACUCCAACAAUCUGCGAGUGCGAGAACAUUGGUCAAGCAAUUGGACUAAGUCGUCGAGUAGUUCAGGUUUGGUUCCAGAAUCAACGAGCAAAAGAGAAGAAGCUGGCUCGAGUCUCGUCAAUGUGUGGAGAGAUUUGUACCUCCAUAGUUAAAAGUGGCACUUCACCACUAGUUAUGGAGGGUAAUGUUUGCGAACUUUGCAAUGUAAAAAUUACUCGAUUAAGUGACGAUGACACAGCAGCAAUCACUGAGCAUAUCUUCUCCAAGUCACACAUCGACAAGCUUUUUUCUACAAUCUGCCAAGGCGACGCUUGGUCAAAAGGAACAGCAGAUAACCCUCAAAGCCGUUCACCCGAACUCAAUUCUCAAUAG